UCUUGCUCUAGUCCCCUCUCUAGCUAUCUUGCAUGUUCUUGAACAGCCUCUUUUGUCCCUCAACAGAACCUGCUUUUAAUUCAAUAAAGUUUGCCAUUUUAAUUCACAUACUACUAUAUAGCUACAUUCUACUGUAUACUCGCAGCUGAUACUCCAAUAUUCAUUCAUUCAAUCUUCUCUUCUCUUUUUCUUAUUUGCUCCUAUCUCUAGUUACCCUUACAAAAAUUUAAUUAAUUAGUGAUCUCUUCUUCCAGUCAUGUCCAUCAUCAUAUCGUCUCUACUCAUCUUCUUCUUGUGCCUUCCCAUGCAUGCAUGUAAUGCACGGGAUCUAGGAGUACUCAUCGACCACAAUAAUAAUGCUUCCCAUAAAAAACUUCCUUUAUCUAACAAGGCUUUGGAAAGUGUUAAACAGCUCAACAGGGACGACACAAUAUCAGUUCAUGAUGAAGGGACUAGCGGGGAUGACAUUGUUUUCCAUGACAGUCAUGUCGUGAAGCCAAAAGACUCGGACAGCCUCCACAGGGAAUUAAUGAAACCAAAAAGAGAUAUCUCAGCUGCUCCUGUUCCGGUCAAGCCUCUUGUAUCAGUUUCUGGACGUGUGCCCCGCAAGAACUUGGAUGAACGUACUGGGUUAUUCUCUGAUUAUUCUAGACCCAGAACACGCCCUCCUUCUCACAAUUGAAGUGUCCAUCGAUCUUAGAAAAACAUAUAUUU